AUGAGCUAUUACGGCAGCAGCUAUCGAAUUGUAAACGUGGACUCCAAAUACCCAGGCUACCCGCCAGAGCACAUCAUAGCUGAGAAGAGGAGGGCCAGACGGCGUCUCUUGCACAAAGACGGCAACUGCAAUGUGUACUUCAAGCACAUUUUUGGGGAAUGGGGGAGUUACAUGGUGGACAUUUUCACCACUCUGGUGGACACCAAAUGGCGCCACAUGUUUGUGAUCUUUUCUUUGUCUUACAUUCUCUCCUGGUUGAUCUUUGGCUCUGUCUUUUGGCUGAUCGCCUUUCAUCAUGGAGACCUGCUCAAUGACCCAGACGUCACACCUUGUGUCGACAAUGUUCACUCUUUCACGGGGGCGUUUUUAUUCUCCCUGGAGACCCAGACCACCAUAGGGUACGGUUACCGUUGUGUCACCGAGGAGUGCUCGGUGGCAGUGCUCACGGUGAUCCUGCAGUCCAUCUUAAGCUGCAUCAUCAACACCUUCAUCAUUGGAGCUGCCCUGGCCAAAAUGGCAACUGCCCGAAAGAGAGCCCAGACCAUCCGAUUCAGCUAUUUUGCUCUGAUAGGCAUGAGGGAUGGGAAGCUUUGCCUCAUGUGGCGCAUUGGUGAUUUCCGACCAAACCACGUGGUAGAAGGGACAGUGAGAGCCCAGCUUCUCCGCUAUGCAGAAGACAGCGAAGGGCGGAUGACAAUGGCAUUUAAAGACCUCAAGUUAGUCAAUGACCAGAUCAUUCUAGUGACCCCAGUAACAAUCGUUCACGAGAUUGACCAUGAGAGUCCCCUGUAUGCCCUCGAUCGCAAAGCAGUGGCCAAAGACAACUUUGAGAUCUUGGUGACCUUUAUCUACACUGGCGAUUCUACUGGGACCUCUCACCAAUCGAGGAGCUCCUAUGUGCCCCGAGAAAUCCUCUGGGGCCACAGGUUUAAUGAUGUCUUGGAGGUGAAGAGGAAGUAUUACAAAGUAAAUUGCUUGCAGUUUGAGGGAAGUGUGGAAGUGUAUGCCCCCUUUUGCAGUGCCAAACAGCUGGACUGGAAAGAUCAGCAGCUACCCAACAUGGGAAAGUCAUCACCUGUCCGAGAAUCCUGUACCUCAGACACCAGUGUCGGAAGAAGGUCCUUUAGUGCAGUUGCCAUUGUCAGCAGCUGUGAAAACCCGGAGGGGACCACCACCUCUGUCGAGGAGGAGUGUAAGGAAGCUCCUUAUCGGAAAGCUCUCCUGACUCUAAAUCGAGUCUCCAUAGAGUCCCAGAUGUAA